AUGGACUUUGACAGGGCAGCUGAUGAUGAGCUUGAAUUCUCGGUGAAGUCGUCGAAAAACAUCAAGGUGCAUAGCACUUUCGAGGGAAUGGCCCUAAAGCCCGAUCUUCUCAAGGGAAUCUACUCCUAUGGCUUUGAGGCUCCUUCAGCUAUCCAGAGCAGAGCUAUCAUGCAAAUCAUCUCUGGCAAGGACACCAUAGCCCAGGCCCAGUCCGGUACGGGAAAAACGGCGACCUUCUCUAUUGGAAUGCUUCAAGCGCUAGAACCGAAAUUGCGCCAAACUCAGGCCCUUGUGCUUUCUCCAACCAGAGAGUUGGCUACCCAGAUCAACAGCGUUAUCAUGAACUUGGGCAACUACAUGAACAUCCACACACAUGCCUGCACUGGUGGCAAGCAGGUGGGCGAGGAUACAAAGAAGCUCGGUCAGGGGCAGCAUAUUGUCAGUGGAACCCCUGGACGAGUGCUAGAUGUGAUAAAGCGGAGACAUCUCCAGACGAGAAGCGUAAAGAUGCUUAUUCUCGAUGAGGCCGACGAGCUCAUGACCAAGGGGUUCAAGGAGCAGAUCUACGAAAUCUACAGACAGCUCCCGCUGACGGUCCAGGUGGUGGUGGUAAGUGCAACCCUCACAAGAGAGGUUUUGGAGAUGACCUCCAAGUUCACCACGGACCCUGUGCGUAUUCUUGUCAAGCGUGAAGACGUGACAUUGGAAGGUAUCAAGCAGUACUACAUUCAGUGUGAAAAGGAGGAGUGGAAGUUCGAUACGCUCUGUGAUCUCUACGACAACUUGACCAUAACGCAGGCGGUCAUUUUCUGCAACACCAAGGCCAAGGUGACAUGGUUGGCUGAGCAGCUCCGAAAGGCUAAUUUUGCCGUGGUGGCCAUGCACGGCGAUAUGAAGCAGGACGAAAGAGACCUGAUCAUGAACGAUUUCCGUUCUGGUAACUCCAGAGUGCUUAUAUCGACAGAUGUGUGGGCCCGAGGCAUCGAUGUGCAGCAGGUUUCCUUGGUUAUCAACUACGACUUGCCUUUGGAUAAGGAGAACUACGUGCACCGUAUUGGACGUUCCGGUCGUUUUGGCAGAAAAGGAAAAGCCAUCAACUUGUUGACCAAGGAGGACCGAGACGAGUUCAAGGAUUUGCAGCGGUACUACAAAAUUAAGAUUCGUGAGAUGCCUGUGGACUUUGGUGGGUAA